UUUUUUUUAUAUUAAUUUUGGCAGUGAACAGUGAUUUGGAAGUACGGGAGAAAGUUCUGCAGGCAAAGGAUCAAGUUCCGAAAAUGGUGAACGUCGAAAGCAUGCUUAUGGUUGAAAAAGGUCUUCGGGAACUAACUUCGCUCAAGGUAGAGGAGGCGAUAGCCAUAUCAAUGGCGCGAAAGCGUCGCCCGAGUAUUGUGAAAUCUAAUGUGCUAGAUGAUUUAAAGUUACCAAUUGAGGGCCCAAAUUUCUCAGAAGCAUAUGAAUUGAGCUCAGAGGAGACUGAAGAUGUGCUUCUUAAGCAGGCUUGGCUGUUGUACUUUUGGAGAAGAGCCAAAAAUCAAGGAUUGGAAGCUGACAUUGCUGAGGAAAGACUUCAGUUAUGGAUCAACCAAUGGAAUAAACAGCCUACUUCCCACGAUGCAGUCGACGUGGAGCGUGGUCUAAUGGAGCUAAGGAAGUUGGGGGUGGAGACGAAGUUGUGGGAAGAGCCACGUAGAUUGGUCGAUCAAGAAUCGAGCCACAAGACACUCUUGGAAACUGAGUAUCAAAUGUUGGCCUGAGAAUCUGAAUGCUUUUCUCAGGCAAAC